UUCCUUUGUUGUGAGCAGUGGCAGGGACUGGUGGCUCGAGGAGACGCCGGCGCAGCAGAGACAGCGGGUCGCCGCUCGGGCCGCUUCCAGCCUGCGCCGAGAGGUAAUUCAGAAGUUUCUCAAGAGCGAGUUGAAGGUGUGUUUUGGAAAGCUGUGUGGACACUUAAACAACACAAGUAUUUUGCCUGGGGCUUUGGUCAAACAAAUGCUGAGAAGACACAUAAAGAAGAGCCCUAGGAGCCAUUUCUCAACAAUUAUAUAGUAAACUGCUAUAACAAUGGUACUAAUAUUGGGACGCAGACUAAAUAGAGAGGAUCUUGGGGUGCGUGAUUCGCCAGCAACUAAGCGAAAAGUUUUUGAAAUGGACCCCAAAUCUCUGACAGGUCAUGAGUAUUUUGACUUCUCUUCAGGAUCAUCCCAUGCUGAGAACAUACUCCAGAUAUUUAAUGAGUUCCGAGACAGCCGCCUAUUCACAGAUGUUAUCAUCUGUGUGGAAGGAAAAGAGUUCCCGUGCCAUCGAGCUGUUCUCUCAGCCUGUAGCAGCUACUUCAGAGCCAUGUUCUGUAAUGACCACAGGGAGAGCCGAGAAAUGCUGGUUGAGAUCAAUGGCAUUUUAGCUGAAGCUAUGGAGUGCUUUUUGCAGUAUGUGUACACUGGGAAGGUGAAGAUCACAACAGAGAAUGUCCAGUAUCUCUUUGAAACCUCCAGCCUCUUUCAGAUCAGUGUUCUCCGGGACGCGUGUGCCAAAUUCUUAGAGGAGCAGCUUGAUCCUUGCAAUUGCUUAGGAAUCCAGCGUUUUGCAGACACCCACUCACUCAAGACUCUCUUCACAAAAUGCAAGACCUUUGCAUUACAGACGUUUGAGGAUGUGUCCCAGCAUGAAGAAUUUCUUGAGCUUGACAAAGAUGAACUUAUUGAUUAUAUCUGCAGUGAUGAGCUUGUGAUUGGCAAAGAAGAGAUGGUUUUCGAGGCUGUCAUGCGCUGGGUCUACCGGGCCGUUGAUCUGCGAAGACCACUGUUACAUGAGCUGCUGACGCAUGUCAGGCUCCCUCUCUUACAUCCUAACUACUUUGUUCAGACAGUUGAGGUGGACCAGUUGAUCCAGAAUUCCCCUGAGUGUUAUCAGUUGCUUCAUGAAGCAAGACGGUACCACAUACUCGGCAAUGAAAUGAUGUCUCCAAGGACUAGGCCACGCAGGUCAACUGGCUAUUCAGAGGUGAUAGUUGUGGUUGGAGGCUGUGAACGAGCUGGAGGAUUUAAUCUUCCCUACACUGAGUGCUAUGAUCCAGUAACAGGAGAGUGGAAGUCCUUGGCCAAGCUUCCAGAAUUUACUAAAUCAGAGUAUGCUGUCUGUGCACUGAGGAAUGAUAUUCUUGUUUCAGGUGGAAGAAUCAACAGCCGCGAUGUCUGGAUUUAUAACUCACAGUUAAAUAUCUGGAUCAGAGUUGCUUCCCUAAAUAAAGGCAGGUGGCGUCACAAGAUGGCUGUCCUUCUUGGUAAAGUGUAUGUUGUUGGAGGCUAUGAUGGGCAAAACAGACUUAGCAGUGUAGAGUGUUACGAUUCCUUUUCAAAUCGCUGGACAGAAGUUGCUCCACUUAAGGAAGCAGUAAGCUCUCCUGCAGUGACGAGCUGUAUAGGAAAAUUGUUUGUGAUUGGUGGAGGACCAGAUGAUAACACUUGUUCUGAUAAGGUUCAAUCUUAUGAUCCAGAAACCAAUUCUUGGCUACUUCGUGCAGCUAUCCCAAUCGCCAAGAGGUGCAUAACAGCUGUCUCUUUAAACAACCUGAUCUACGUUGCUGGUGGACUGACCAAGGCAGUGUAUUGUUAUGAUCCAGUUGAAGACUACUGGAUGCACGUGCAAAACACGUUCAGCCGACAGGAAAACUGUGGAAUGUCUGUGUGUAAUGGUAAAAUCUAUAUCCUGGGUGGAAGACGGGAAAAUGGAGAAGCCACAGACACUAUUCUCUGUUACGAUCCUGCGACAAGUAUCAUUACAGGGGUAGCUGCAAUGCCCAGACCAGUAUCCUAUCAUGGCUGUGUAACUAUUCAUAGAUACAAUGAGAAAUGCUUUAAGCUCUAAAACCCAGGAUACCUCGCACAAGAAGCCACGCCAAUCCAAGAGGAAAAUUUAAAAAAACUACCAAGUGAGAAUGACUCUCCUUUGUGCCCUAUGCAAAAAGAAAAAAAAAGAAAUAAUCCUGAUGCCUUUCUGCCUAAAACAUCAAUAUUUCAAGCUGCAAUAAAUCCUUUCCUGUAAUUGGGGUUUUUAAAUAAUGGUGGUUAAAGCCAGGCCAGUACACAUCUUUAAUCCCAGCACCCAGAAGACAAAGGCAGGUGGAUUUCUGAGUUUGAACCCAGCCUGGUCUACAUAACAAGUUCUAGGCCAGCAAGAGCUACAGAAGAAGACCUUGUCUUUUAAAAAAAAAAAAUAAUUUGGCCUAUGAGUAUACUUUUGCAUCUUUGAAAAACUAUGUAGGGUAGGAAAUGAUACCCAGCUGUAAACUUCUUAGGGAUUUGUGAACCAUCUUAGGAUGUUUAUUUCUUUUUUUGUCAAUUAUGUAGAGAAAAUUGCGUGACUGAAUCUUCAUUUAGAUUGACUUGCCUGAUGUUGAAAAUGUUUAGAAUUCAGUGUGAGAGGAAGAAAUGAGUUUUAAAUAUCGCUGUCACUGACUUUAUCCAUACUGGUUAAUUUCACUGAAACUUUUUGGGUUUUGUUUUCUUAAUUGUAAAAAUGAAGUGGCAAAUCAGCUGCCAUAAAAUACCAAAUUUUAUGACUUUAUAGACUGUUCUCUGCUAUUAAAUACUUUUUUGUGGGCUUAUGUAGGAUAUAAAAGUAAGGAGAUUUAAAUUACACAUUAAUUCCUAAGGAAAAAUUAAAAUAACUAUAAAGAAAAAUAAUGUGAUCCACUUUGGUUCUCAGGGUAUUUAAUGAUCUUCUGUGAGUCCACUAACAAAGUUCUUCCCUUCAAACUAAUAGAGGAGCUGAAAUCCCUUUUAUAAAGCCAUGCAGGUAGUACAUACCUGUAUUUAGGAUCUGUAUCCCAGCCAUGGUAGUAAUACACCUCUAUCCGGAAUCUGGAAGGUACAUCCAAAGAAACCAAAUUAAGGCUGAAGGUUUGGCUCAGUGUUUAAGAACACUUACUACUCUUUCAGGGAACCAGGUUUGGCUCCCGUCCAUAUCCAGUGGCUCAGAAAGACCUGUAAUUCUAGUUACAGGGAAUCUAGUACCCAGUGACAACUACAGGCACACGGUACACAUACAUUCACACAGGCACACGUAAAUAAAUAAAUCUUAAGAAAACAAAAAUGUGUUUUGUAAUACUGCUGUAAGGAAAAUAAGAGCAGGUUUGCUCUCUACCCCCAGCAGAGUUUGACCUUACUAGUGCAAUGCUUUGCUGAGUACCUCCCUGCCUCCUUGUAAGUAGCUUACCAGUCUAGGAAUGACUACUGAUUCCUUAGAAGCCUACAGCAGAGCCCACUCUUCUCACUGGGGCCACUUGUUCAUAAGUUAGCUGAGCCACUCUGGCCAGCAACAGUUCCCAGUCUUCUGAGAGAAAUCUCUUAUUUGGGAGCCUUUGUAUAAAGUAUUGAUCAACAUUUUCAAUUUUCUAUCAAAUUUUUUUCUAGUUUUUCACCUCCAUCUUAUAAAACUGACCAGUUUUCCAAAGGAAAUAUGAAAGUUUUUCUUAGAAAUAUAAGUGGAUACAGCAGGAACUAAUAUGAUUAGUUAUUGUAACUUCCAUGUGGACGGAUAAGGAUUUACAAGGCUGUAGGCUGUAGGAGGUAGUUUGCUGUGUUUAACUUCCCAGUCACCAUUGUCUCUCAUGCUAUAAUAUACUCCUUGUUGGUAAUAAUAAUAUCAUUAGAGUUCUGUUCAAAUCAAAAGCCUACCAUUGGCAAACUCUUUCUUCCUCAUCUUAGGAAAAUCAAAGCAUUUUGUAUGAGGCAUUCUUAAUUGGAAUUUAAAUUUUGAGAAAAAUGUUAAAAAGUUCACUUAAGAAAUUGUUUUCAAGUCAUAAAUUUCAAAUGAUGGGCUAACUGUAGAAGCAAUUCAGAAAACAGUUAUCUGUCAUUUGAGACGCAGUUACAUGUGCAACUGAGAGUAUUUGUACUAUAAUUUCAUCUGCAUUAUACUUUGGAUAAUGGGAACUAUUUAGUUCAGAAAUUCAUAAUAGUAAAGUGUGUGAACAAAAGUGUUUUGUAAAUGCUUAGGAAUCUAUAAAUGAUAAUUGUUAUUCUAGUGUAUAAUUGUAAGACCAUGUCUUCAUAAAUAUGUCAUAUAAAAGACUUACUUAAAGUAAAUUUGUAUUUUAGUAUUUUUGUCUAUUGUAAAAGUAUUAUCUACAUGUAUUUUGUAAUGUUUAUCUUUCAUAUAUCCUUGUGUUUAUUGUAAUUAAUUGGAAAAAAGAUCCUGAAAAUCAGAAUUUAUUUAAACAAAUUAGUCUUUCUUUAUGUAAUUUAAAACCACAUAAAUUGAGUAGUUGCAAAUUAUGUUAAAGGUCACUACAAAGUAUCUUGAGUCCUAGACAAUAACUUGUUAAAGCUACCCAAAUGAUAUUUUAACUACCAUUAAUGACUUAUCUUUCUUCACUAAUUAUUGACAGAUAAUGGUAGUAAGCCCUGGUUUAAGAAAAACAGGGUAUGAUUAGUAUAUUAAAAGGGAUAUAGCAACCAUCUCGGUGUCAGACUAUAUUCAGUCUGCCAUCCCGUAAUUGGCAGAGUUUCUUUUGAUAGGUGAUGUUUAUAUGAGCCUCUAAGUUGGUAUUUGUAUGUGUUUAUAUGUAGAUAGUAUAGUUAUGUACAUACAUCACAAGUACCCAAUGAUUUUUGCAGUUUAAUUGUCAGAAAUAUAAAGUAAAAUAUUAGUUGAUUAUAUUCAGUUCAUUUGGAUAAGCCUAAAUUUGAACACUUCUAGAGUACUCAUUGCUAUUGAGACAGGAUUUCUGUAGCCUGUGCUAGCCUCAAACUCUUGGCAUUUCUUUGCCCUCUGAGUGCUGUGUUAGUAGUGGGAGCCAGCACCAGUUUUCUAAAUAAUCAUUUCACCUGAAAGUGCAGAUGUGGUCACGAGGACCUAUGCACCUGCAUAACAGCAGUUACGAGGUCAGGAAGCAGACCUGGAGAGGAGUUUGCAGAAGCCAGUUGGAAAGAACUGGAAGGUCUGUUUUGUGGAUCAACAGAAAAUUACAGUUGGUUUUUGUGUGUAUUUUUUCAUGAACUUGAAUCCUUUUACAAGUCUUCUCCAUGCAUGCGACAAGGUGGUUGUACUUCCUCCUCUUCUCCUGCACUGUCCCCACUGACUUUACUAACAGGUAGGAAUUGGAUUUUCAGUAGCCAUUUGUCAUAGAUUGAGAUCCACGUGUUUACUCCAUUUGAAUCAGGUUUAAAAAGAUGUAAAUGCUCAGGGAGGGCAUUAACUUGUCAUUGUUGCCUGUUUGGGGUGUGCAAAGUGCUUUCACUCAUGCCAUUCAGUUGAUGACUCUAGACUAAAAUUUUUCAGAAGCUUCAUACAUGGCAGUGGUUGAACAUUCAUUCUACUUAGAAGGAUGACAAUGCUUUGUGAACUGAUACAUUCUCCUGGCAAAUAUGAAUUGUUUAUGUAUCUGCUGUCAGACUCCCAUUUUGAAACUCAGGAAAGACAAAGGUGGUUUUCCUACUUUUGUCAGUGUCCAAACUGGGUAUGUGCUGCUUUUUCUUGAUCUGACAAUAUAUUUUUAAAAAUCACUCAGAGCCCAUAUACAGAGAGAGGAAGGGAGGUGAAUUAUUUGUGUGUGCCUUAACAUCUUGAAAUUUAUUUGUGAAAAGGAUACAUACUCCAUACUUUAUGUGGUACCAAGUGAUAAGUUAAUGUCUAGAGGCUUCUGUGGACUGCCUUGUUUCAUAAGUCAGCCCAAGAUAAUACUAGUUAAUGUGAUUUGGCCUUGCUAAACUUAGUGUUGGCAUAUAGCUGAGUAUGGUGGCAAUGCCUUUAAUUCCAGCCCUUGGGAGGUAGAGGCAGGAGGAUCAGGAGAAUCCUAGGAUGGCAUGGCUACAGAGCCAGUUUGAGGCCAGCCUUGGUCACAUGAAAUCUCAUGACAAAAAUACUAAUGGAGUUGGUUGAUAGUAUGCAAAAAGCUAGAAUUACAUUACUUCACCCAGCAUUAUGUUAAAUAAUUAAUGCAUACCACAUAACCAGAAUGAAGCAGUUUUCUGACCUUUAAGGUCUAACUAGCUAAUAAACAUGCUUACUGCCACAUCUAGCUCUAGGCAUCAAAAACCACUCCCAGGACUGUAAACUAAUGAUGCCAGAGGUAUUUCAAAAUAUGUUAGCCAUUUUAAAGUGUUUCAUUGGUAAGCGGGUUGGGGAGAUGGUUCAGCAGUUAGGAGCACUAGCACAUGCUGCUCUUGCAGAGGAUCUGGGUCUAUAACUACAGUUCCUGGAGUUCCAAUACCCUCUGACUUCCACAGGCACCAGGCACACAUGGUAUACAUACAUUAUACGCAAACAGUCAUAGUUCAGGCACAACAACACUCAUACACACAAAAAUAAAUGAUAUCAUUAAAACAUAUAUGAACCUUUUACACUUUGUGAUUGCCUUAAAUAUUAAACAAUGUAGUGCUAAAGAUGAUAAUAAGUUUUUAGAAAAUGAAGUCAUAACUUUAUUGUUCCAAAGAAGUUUUAUUUUAAUGUUUGUGCCUUAAGCUUCCCAGUGCCAUUUCAGUCUGAUAAAUCUUAGCACACAUAAACUUCAUAACUGUUUCUUGUGUCAUAAAUGUAUUUUUGUUGUUUGGGCUUUUAUUUUUUACUUUUUGUUAGGUUUUGAGGGUCUGGUUUGGUUAUAUCUUUUGAGUCAGGGUCAUAUAUAGUCUAGGCUGGCCUAUAUUGAGUGAAUCAGGGUCAUGUGUAGCUCAGGCUGGCCUAGGACUCUGUUUUGCUAAAGAUGAUCUUGAAUUCCAGUCAUUCUGUCUGUAUCUCCAAAGGACUCGGAUGAUAGCAUGUGCCACCACCCCUGGCUGGGUGUGUUUUUGUCUGUGGGGUGAGUGGGUUUAUUGGAUGGUUGGUUGGUUGGUUGGUUUAAUGUAGCCCUGGCUAACCUGGAACUCAGUAUAUUGCUGGGCUAACUUUGAGCUAGUGGCAGUCCUGCCUCUGUCCCUGAAUGCUAGGAUUGUAAGCUUGGGCCACCACUCCCAGCUGUUCCGAAAUGCCAACUGUGAAAUUGCUUGGCAGAAAGAGGAUGUUAAAUAAGGUUGUUGCUUGGAGUUUUACAUUUUUAACUUUUGGUACCUAGGUGCUUUUUAAAAUACUCAGAUAAAUACCCAUUAAGCUCUCAAAAAGGUCAUUUGAAAUAUUUAAUAGUGAAAUAAAGUAUGUGUAGUUUCUUCUGUUAUGUCCUUAUAUCAGUAAUUAGUUCUGCUCUAGGCUUUUCUUUCGAAAGUACUUCCUCUGCAUUACUGACCCUCCUGCAGCGUGUGAGUCUCCAGAGCUGAGGUAAGGCUUUCAGAACUGAACAAGUACAAUGUGUUACUGUAACUGCCACACAGCUGUUGCUUUCAGUUUGAAUCUUCACAGUGAGAAAAGAAUGUUUUCUAUGUCCUUGUUCUCAGUUCAGCUGUAGUACAUUAAUGCUUAUGUUUUUGUUUAAUUGCACUUCUUUCAUAGUUUAAAUUUUUAAAAGUUGUAUCUAAUUAAUGUCUUUUAAACAUUACUUGACUAUAUGGUUACAUUAAAUUUUGUUUACCAAAACA